AUGGAUGCAAGUGGCCUGUCAGAUAUCGAAUAUGAAAGAUAUUACAAUCCUGAUAACUCAAUUUUUCUAUCAUCUAAAAAAUUAGUUUCGGAAAUCCCAGCAUUAUCUUUUGUUCUUUGCAGUACAUUUUUAUUUUUUGUUGUUAGAUAUUUAUGGCAAAACCAUGUCUUAAAACCUAUCGCAGUUUCAAUAAAUAUGAAAAAAUCAUACAGUGACAGAUUUCUCGAAAAUGGAUGGUAUUCGUUUUAUUAUUUAACAUUUUUUAUUUUUGGUACAUAUGUUUAUAGUAAAGAAACUUGGUCAAUUUUCCCCACUAUGAACAUUUGGUUAGGUUGGCCCAUUCAACCAUUUAAACCAUUAUUUAGAUACUAUUAUUUACUAGAAUUAUCAUUUUAUAUUCAUUGCACAAUUGCACUUUCCUUUGAAACCAAAAGAAAAGAUUUUUAUCAAAUGCUCACACAUCAUGUUUCAACUUUCUUUUUAGUGGCAGCAUCGUAUUGGUACAGAUAUCAUAGAAUUGGUAUUGCAAUUUUAUGGCUUCAUAACAUCAGUGAUAUCUUUUUAUAUAGCGCAAAGUCAUUAAACUAUGUAUGCAAAACAACCAAAAACAAUUACAAGCUUUAUUUAUUUGCAGAAACUAUGUUUGUUCUGUUUGUAAUUUCAUUCUUUGUGAUGAGAUUGGUAUUUUUACCAUUCGCUUUAAUUAGAUCUACUUUAUUCGAAGCAAGUUAUGUAUCAAUUUUUUUCCCUUUAUUUUAUCCAACCAAUGUCUGUUUGGUUACAUUAGAAAUUCUCCAUAUGUUUUGGUUCUAUUUAAUUAUUAAAAUUAUUUAUAACAAAUUCUUUAAAAAAGAAAACUUUGAUGAUAUCAGAAGUGAUAGCGACGAAGAAGAAAGCAAACCAAAAUCUAAAAAAUCACUGGAAGCUGAAAAACCUUCCACUGUCCGUAAUAGAGAAAAUAAAAAAAAUAGCAACAACAAUAAAUCACCUCAAGCACAGCAAGCUAAUAAUAAACCAAAACAAUCAAAAAAGAAAGAAUAGUAGUUUAAUUUAAAAUUUAAAAUUUAAAUAAAUAAAAUAUAACAUUACAGCUCAAUACACAA